GUGGACUUCGUGCCGCAACUACCACAGAACCGCAACAUAGGCGCGGUGCAGUUAGACGUCGCCAGCAGCUGCCUGCCCUCCCUGCCCAAUAGUGCAGCGGACCAGAAAAGUACGCCCGACACUGUAGCGUCCACGGCGGAAAAUAGUCAGCAGCAGAGCAGCACGUCUGGGUCGACCGUUCCGCCACCCCCGCCGCCGCCGCCAGGGAAUGGUACUACUACCGACGCCCAGGCGCAACAACUCGACGCCAGCAAAGUGGUUGAGAGCAACAACAUGAUGGGCGGUAGUGGUUCUUGUACAACGAAUAACAAUAACCUGGUGCAGCUGGUGCAACAACAGCAGCCAGAGUCUGGUGCAACGAUGGCCGCGAGUGGCUUGAUGAUGGAGAAUACAGCCACCGCACAGGACGCUGGAGGUACAGGCGGUGGCACAAGCGGCCUCGAAAAUCAGCAAGCAAGUAAUCCAAAUAUUAACGGGGCGGCCGCGGAACAGCAGGAUCAGCUCGUCUCAAGUAGCGGUACUAGCAACAGCAACAAUGCCGGUCCGCAGCAGCAACCUGGAGGAGGUCCUUCCUCGGGUGCAGGUGCUAGCAACGGGUCAGGGGUCUUGAUGCCUGGUCAGCAACAGCUGCAACAGCUCCUGGCUCAACAACAGCAGAGCAAUAUUCCGAGCGGUGGCUAUGGCUCGUUGAACGUGGGAACAAAUCAGGCACCUGGAGCGCAACAUCUCCAGCACCUGCAGCAGCCACACGCAGUGGCAGGCCAAAACAACAAUCCGUCGGGCGGGGGUAUGAUUUUCAACGAGGUUUUAGACCAGAACAGCUUGCAGCUCGGCUCGACUAGCAUGUUGGGCACGACACAACUCGGGAGUAACUUUUCCGGCACCAGCAACAUGCUGGACCAGAAUGGUGGUAAUAAUUUCGGGAUGAACAAUGCGCCCCCGCAGCAGCAGCAACAACAGCCGUUCGGAAACUCAGCGGACCAGGUGAUUUCUCAGCACAACUCGCAGUUCAACAUGGGAAACACUACCAACACGACGCUACUGUCAUUACCGCAACAGGGCGUCGUAUCAAGUAACAGCAUGCAGCUCGACAAUGGGCAAAGCAACAUAGGGGCAGAAGGCGGCGGCAACAAUUCCUUCUUGGGUAGUGGUGGCGGCGUGGUGAGCCAGGCACAGUACAACAGUUUCCUGCAAGCCCAGCAGCAGCACCAGCUGCUCGGCAACAUGGGCGGUAGUGGCGCCAGCGGGAGUAAUCUUAUGCCUUUGCAUGCAGGGAACUUGACUCUCGAACAGCAGCAGCAAUUGCUACAGGCUAGCAACAAUCAGCAGCAAAAUCUCGGCCUGCUCAACUUGAACAGCGGCGGACCGCAAAGCAUAGCGCUCGCACAGCAGCAGCAGCAGCAGCAGCAGCAGCAAACACAAGAACAUCAGCUUCAGCAGCACAGCCUUGUGCAGCAACAGCAAGGGAACAAUAACACAGCAUCUGCGAGCAGCCGUGGUCUCAACGCGAACAGCGUUGCGUUUCAGCCGAUGCAAUCACAGCAGGUCCGAGAUCAACAGCAGUCGCAGCCGUUCAGUGGGCAACAGUGGAUGGGCGUAACGCAGCAGCAGCAGCACCAACAGAUGAUAGAAAACUCAAGCAAUUAUUGCCACAAUUCUGCGGCUUCUCGUGGCGUUGGUGCGGGCCAGGCCGCCCAGGGCUUCGCUAAUAUGGGCGGUGUCGCAAAUAACAUGAGCAAUGCUAUGAGCGACAUGAACAACGCAUCCUCGUCGAACACCGGCAACGCUGGAUUUUUAGGCUCCAGCACAAGUGCCUCGACCUCCUGUGCCACGAACAACGGUAUGCAGCAGCAGGAGCAAUUUAGUGAUGCCGCCAAGAACCGACAAGAGUUUGUGAAUGAAAUCGAUUUGCAAUUCAAGCUUCCGGAGGGGUGUCCCGGAGUGUUCAAUCUUCCGGAUCGCUCGCAGCCCCUGCAAAUGGGCCAGCAACUCACAACGUUGCCAACGAACACCAGCCAAAGUCUGGCCUACGGUGGUGGAGGACCAUCGUCCGGACAAAAUAACUCGACGCAGCAUCAAAUGCACCAGCAGCCAAAUUCAUUAUCACACGGCGCUGCUGGUGGCCAACAUCAAAAUCUAGGCGCGUCGGCCUCGUCGUCGGAACCGCAGCAGCACCAGCAAGGGCAACAAAUAUUCGGCGGACCGGGGAUCGGUCAAUCGCAGCCCGACCUGUCACAGCACCCGAUGGCCGCGAGCAGUGGACAACAUCAAGCGCAGAUGCUGCAGGGAGGUGGACAAGGUGGACAACAGCACCAGCAAUUUCAGCAUCAUCAGCCUCCAGCUUCGCAUGCAAAUCACUACAACAGCUUGCCCGGGUCGGCAGGCGGAGCGCAAAUGCAGCAGCAGCAGCAGGCUGGAACGAACACGUUCAACGUGGGUGUUGUCGGCCACAACGCGCCCGAACAAUCCGUGGCAGGACAACUCAGCAGGAUGAAUAGCGUGUCCGCCAACAACAACCAUUCUUACCACAACCAGCAGGCGAUGUUGAACCAUGGUGGAACAUCAAACACGAACUACAAUAACUCGACCAGCAGCUCGACGGGCGGCCCUUCGGGCGGCCAGCAGCAUCACCAUCAGGGUAGAAACAACUACUACAACAACUCCCAGCACUCGCACUCGCAGAGUGGUCACCACGGCUCGUCGUUUCAAGCGGGUCCGCACGAAGGCCGGGGCCACCACGGAGGGGGCAAGAGCGGCCACGGGUAUAAUUAUCACCAGCAGUACAACGAGCGGAGACAAGGCUCCAUGAGCAAAUACCAGCAGCACGAAAAGGGAGGUGGCGGCAGAGGGGGGCCCCAACAUGAUCAUGCUGACAAGGGCGACAUGAAGGGCGGGAAAAACAACAGGAACCACAGCCUGCCGCACGUGCAGUCGUCCACGUUGCACCAGCACUCAAGCUCGCACCAGCAGUCGUGGCGACAGCAGCAGGGCAUGCAGCUCGGGGGCGGGCCGAACAACAUCAACGGCAAUCCUUCGGAUCAACAUCAGCAGCAGCACCAGCCACGGGUUCGCCACCAGCAACAAACCUGCUUCGCACUCCCCGCACAGCACGCCACGCAGACGAGCUCCUGCAGUAGCGCUGCAGCGGUAGCAGGGUCUUUGACGCAGCAGACGGCUCAACAAGUAAACACGACGAGUUGCACAACUAGUAGACCCCCGGGAGGGCAUGGGCAGCAGCUGCAGCAGGCUCCUCCCCUUCCACCACAGACAGGGGUCGUUGAGCAAGACCACGAUAUUCUGCUGCGGAGCCAAACGAGACUCUGUGACCUGAUCGACUCCAGCUCCACAGAAGACACCGAGGAGCAGCGGUCACGGCGCGAGUCAAAUGGGGCGGCGCGCGGGGACGGCAGCACCGCCACCAGUAACAGAAAGUUACUGCACGCAGGUUCCUCGCAUCAAAUGGGGCAUCUUCCCGGCACCGUUGCGCUCUCUUCGGUGACCACGACGGGUUCAGACCAGUACAAGGACUAUGGUACAGCAGCCAGCAAAGGCACGAGGACGGCCAAGAGCAAUCACCUGCGCGACAUUUCGCAGCACGAAAUCAAUGAAGUCGUGCGGCGCGUGCCUGUGCAGGAUAGCGGAUCCUAUGAGAAGGACGGCUAUGGUGCUUCUGCCACGACGAGUGGCAAUCUUGCCGGGCUGGAAGUAUACGUCAUUUUUGUACAUAACGAUAUCGAUAGGGAUUUUUUAUACCAAUUUCAAUGCACGGUCUCUUCGUCUUUUUAGCUCGUUCUUGUGGGAUGCACUCUGUAGCUGCACAGCUUCUUAGUUCCCUGUGCCUAAAUCAAAUUGUAACUGUUACUCACCCUCUCAGCGGCGCGGGACAGCAAGCAGCAUGAUGGACGGGCGGCACGUGGAACCGCGAGCUGACCGUAGGAAUGAAAUGAAUGAAACGGGAAUAGCUGCCGGAAAGGGUACUGCAGAGAACUUUGGUCAUAGAGAAAUUUUCUUCGUAGAAAAUGGCUCCUCGCAGAUAGAUACUUACCCCACACCUGCUUGACAUAUGAUCGCAACAGAGCUCGCAGUAUUUCUACAAAUGAUGGAAAGGGCGGAAACAUAAAGAUAGAGGCCAUGUCACUUGUUGCAUUUGCAGCUAGUACCACUUUUUUUCCGUUCAAAUAGCGCUUGUCACAACUACUUUUUGGUUUCGUUCGCGUGUCUUCACAGGUACAGUGACUACAAACGACACCCGCACCACUGAUCAACCCAGUGGUAAUUUCGCGGCCACCGGCUUCUACGCUCCGGCUGUACCCGAGCCUCCCAAACCGCCAAAACUUGGCAAAGAUUGCGACGGGCUGGACGCGGAUGCGCGGGAGCUCAUGGAGGCUUUGGUAACGCUGAACGAAAAGCAGGAGCACCGGGGUUUGAAGCACAAGAAUGCGCUUUUCCGGGCGAUGAAGAGGCUGAAAGAGAUCGGUGAGGAGAAGAGCAAGGCGGGGCCGAACAACCCGGCGGGCGCCGCCACCGCCUGGGGAAAUUGGAACAAGAAGGUGUCAAAAAAGGAUCAGUACUUCUACGAGAUCUCCGAACAGCUGCCUCCCGACCUUUCCGAUAAGGUGCUGAGCAGCCUGGCGGGCAGUGUUGCAGCGCCUGCGCUUCCUGCCCAGAUGCCACCGCCGUUUCCGCGACAGAAUUACACCUCUGGUGGGUCACAGCCCUCCGUGGUCCCAAGAAAGGAACAGCAAACAGGUGGAUCCAGUGUUCAACAGAAUUCUUCUACCGCCGGCGGAACCGCACAGAUGAACCAGCAGCACCCAAGUAAAGCGCUGCUGCCUUUCUCGUCCAAGGCAGGGCCACAACCGGCAGCGCAGAACAACGGUCCUCCAUACGAACACGCACGACCAGGACCACCGGCGAACAAUAAUAUUGGAGGCAAUAAAGGUGGACCACCAGGAGCGCAGCAGCAGCAUCUUCAACGCGCUAGUUCUAGUAGUGCGCAGCACCAAUCGCAGGGUGGGGCCGGCCCAGGUACAACUGGCGGUGGUACAACACAGCAACAGCACUCCUCGAGAGGACUGAAGGUAAACUACGCAGCUCUGAACGGUGGUGGCGGGGGUGCCACAACCACGUCCUCGGCGCAUUCGGAAACGCAGCCCGGGUUCAAUGCGUCAUCCCGGACCAGUUCGGACCGCGAGCGCGAGGACGCCACAACCACCAGUCAGCACUUUUCGACGCAAAAGUUCGGAACCGGGUUCUCUUCCGGAGCGGGAUCAAAGCACUCGAGCCAACCCGACGUGCACUUCAGUGUAACGAGCAGUAAGCCGAACCGAGGAGAAUGGGGCGCCGCACCAACGAUGGCAGGAGCUUCGUCGUCCGCUACUUCUUCGGGAACAACCACAGCGACUUCUGCCGCUUCGCAGACAUCUUCACAGCAAGGGACUACGAUGAAGAAACCGCAGCUGUCGCAGCAAACGAAGCGAAAGCUGAAGGAUCUGGGACUGCAGGAAGUGGAGGAAGCGUUGCUGCAGGAUCCGGACUUUAACGAGUCCGAGUUUACUCGAAAUAACCUGCCCGGCCUGGUAACCGAAGUCGCACCGGGCGAUGGGACCAGUACCAGCGCCGGUGGACGCGGCGACCGGGCGGGGGGCAAGAACCGGGCAGCUCCCGCUCUUCGCGGGGCGGAUACUAGUAAAGCUACUUCAUCUUCUAUGGUGCAACAUCAAGGGCCUAGCACUUCUGGCGAGAUGUUGCAGUCCGGUGGUUGUGCUACUUCUAGCACGAUGGUCGGCAGCACCAGUUGUAACUCUACGUUCAUCGGGGGAAACAACAAGGGCUUUAAUACCACCUCAAGUUCUUCCAGUACGAACAAGCACGGCAGUAAGAAGACCUCAAGUACCUCCACCCCGGUGGGAGCCGGGGCGACUCAGGUCAUGAUUGGAAGCACGACGAGCACCUGUACCACCACGACUGCCGCAGCGUCUUCCGCGACAACCGCGACCUUUGAGGGUGAUGACGCCUCCUGUUCUUUGGAGCAGCAACCGGGAGCGGGCCUCGAAAGCGGCAGUGUAUUGGCGGCAGAAGGAGUCGCUGGGGCGAAGAAAAAGAAGAAGAAACAAGGGACCCGGGGCGGCAAGAGGCAGCGCGAGAAGCAGGCGGAAGUUGAUGCUGCUCUGAAAACUAGCACGAGCCUGUGCAGCGACCCCGAGAACCAGGGGUUGAAUGUCAGUGGCGCAACGACCUCCAACGAACAACAACCUGGGGAGCAGCAAGCCAGUCUCUCCGCAUCAUCGCACGAGAGUUCUUUUACAAAGGUGGAACAAGAAGAGGACAAUGCAGCCUGCGCUGAUGAUUCGCCGAAGAAGGACCCUUCCGAUGAUGUCGCCAGGGUAAGUACUGAGAAAGACGACGACAAAGUUGACGUCCCGACAACGAGAAUCAACACGAGCGACGCGAAGGAAGAGGAAAUCGCAAACCAGACCGUCCAGAACAUCAAGGCGCCUUCAUCGCGGUCUGACCUGGACAAAAAUGGUGACUCGCAGCUUGAUCCGGAUGCCUCCGCGGCAGGCACAGUAGAACCUGAAGCGGUGCAGCCCGCUCCAGCUGCGCCGGUUGAAAAGGAGUCGUCUCUAGAAAAAGAGGACGAUAAUUGCGUCGACGACGUUGAUGAUGAUUUGACGGAACCUGAGAGGGAUAUUCCAGAAAGCACGAGCACGCCACGAGUUAUCACCACAAAGCGGCUCGAGCCGGAAUCCUUCGACAAAAACGCGGCGGAAAGCCGGCAGGUACUCGUUCGAUCGGAGAAGUACACGCUGUUGUUGAUCUAUUUUGAUUUCCGCGCAAGGUCUAUAAAUAUGAGUUUUCGUUCCCUAUUAAGUUUCGGGUAGCACAUAGUACAAAUGUGCUAUACAGCUGCACCUUUCUCAGGUUGUUGCCGACGAAGCCACCGAGGCCGCUCGCGGGGAGGAGAAACGCAAAUGCGACGCACCCACGGGAGACGGUAUUAGUUUGGUUUAUUUUUUGAUCGAUUGUGAUUUGCUCUUGUUGCCGCGAUAUAAUAUGUGAUUCGUCUGCUCGGUGAAGUUUUACUUCUUUCACUUUGACAAAAAAGGUGAAGAAGAUAAUGCGGACGAGACGACUGACUCAGCCACGAAGGUGGAUGAGGAUGCCCCUAGUCAGGCCGCAUCAGAAGCGAAAGAGGGUAAGUAAUUGGACUUGCCGCGUUCAUCUCUAAAUCAUGCGCAUGCUCACUUUAUACUAGUAGUAUCAUGACCACAUUGACAUUCAUCGCUGAGAGAUGGUAAGCUCCAAUGUGGAGACUCGUGGAGAAAUAUGUGAGUUGAACUCAAUCGAGAGCCGACUAUUAGAUAUGAUGAAACGGAUCGAAAUAAAACGGCAAUCAUGAUAAAAUCAGCCUCUAGCGCGCCGGCAACAAAGCCAGCGAGUAACAAGCCAACGAAGAAAAAAUUGAAGACGAAAACCGCAAGACAACAGGCAGCGGACGAGAAGGCUUUGGCGGAGGCACUGGUCUUGGCAGAAAAAGCGCGGAAGGAUUUGGAAAAAGGUAUCAAGUACUUAAACACAUCAUGUGCUAUUGCAGCGCGGGAAAUUCUUCCUAGUGCUGCGCUUCAUUUUUUUCCACGACGGGGCGCGCGCUAUAUUCAAUCCACAAGGAUAUGAUUAUGAAAACCUAGCAGUUACUAUACUACUCCUUGCUAUGCAAGUAUAACCAAUCACGCACGAAAUACCGGUAGGGAUAGCGUUCCGAAAAAUAUAAACAGACCCUGCAGCGAGCAAAGUGCCGGCGAAGAAGGAGGAGACGAAAGCGGAACGACGCAAAAAGAAGGAAAACUACCAGGCCAUAGCUCGCGAGAAACGACGAGCAGAGCGCGAAGCCGCGGAAUCAGAAGCGCAGUAUCGGUUUAUUUUUGUAUAUGUUUUUCUUUUUUGUUGUAUGUCAGCACAGUUGUGAUAGUAGCGACUUACUAGUUGUGAUAGUUAAUCUUCAGCACGCCGAGAUGUAGCACACAGAGGUUUGUCACAGACAGCGUGAUGCACAAGAUUUCGAGUUGGCUCAAAUUCUUGGUUCACUUUGUGAUAUGAAGAACCUGGCCGACGAAAUGAAAGCUAUGCAUAGCGAGACACUUUCAUCUGUGCCCCUGCGGCACAGCAGAACUCGAGUCGACACCGAAAGUGAAAACAACCGGGGCCGGGACUGCGACGGUCUCGUCGUCCAGAGGAGCAUUUUAUGGAUUCAGAUUCACUUUUAAAGCAAUAAUCGCCCUGUAACUUCUUGACUCCACAGCUUAAAGAAAGAGAAGACCCAGCAAAACGAGAUCGUAAGGCUGUUCAAAGAGCAUAAUUAUAGCGAGGGCAGCCCGCCAAGCUGGAUGGGCGAGGACGAUAACGAGGACAGCACACAGGCACUGAUAGAUUCCUUAACCAGCGGAGCAAACACAACGCACUCCUUCGGGCCGUAUCAGCAGAUGCAAAAACUUUUAUGGAAGCAGAACUGAUUCGAUCGCUUCACUUCGAUCAGCUGGUGCGUAUCGCCCCGUCUUGGAAAAUAAACAGGCUAUCCAACAUAGUAUAGCGAGAUCUUGACUGGAAACGACGCACGCAUGAAAAAUUGAAUGCAUAGUCGUGAAGAUGAAUAAGAAGGAGCAAUGAGUUCUUCAUCUGGACAGUGUACGUUAUUGGAAUCGCAGAAGGCCUCGUUUGCAGCACACCAUCUUCGGUUUCUGAAAGAGACGUUUUGAAGAUGUUCGCUAGUGGAGCGACGAAUCAGUUACCUUGGUGGAUAUCCCAACCGCGACGGCGAGCCAGCGAGCCGGAUCUACGACUUUUCCAGUGAAACCUUGGUGCUGAGCAAGGUCACUGACAAUUGGGAAAAUGCAAACGGCAUGAUGAUAUCCUGUGCAAAAGUAUCGCACUCGUAGUAGUUGCCUUUGUGCAUAAUUACCAAGGUAAAUCAGCAUGCUGGGCUAGUUUGUAAUGCAAUUUAUACUGAUGCGAUGGGAUGGUUUUGCACUGUAUAGAUGAACGGGUCGUCCAGCUCCACGCCGUCUACUACGACAACCCAGUCUUCGGCAUUGUCGCGGGGUAUGCAAACCUCCCUCCGGGAUGCGCAGGGCGAGCCGUUCCACGGGUCCGCAGCGCAGUUCCACGGGUCCGCACCGCAGAAGCAUCUGCAUCAGCUGUUUUCGUCGUUGACCGAUAGUACUAGCGUUGGAGGUGCGGGCACAACUACAAGCAACGACACGUCGUCGUUGCAGCAGGAGAUGAACUACAACCCCACAAAUAAUACUUCUUCCUCGUUCAGCAGGCUCGACCGCGACCGGCGAAUACAGGCGGGGCAGCCAGUCGUUGGACCGUUGCCACCCCCUGGAGAUAGUAGUAUCUUUGGUGGAUCCUCUUCACGCAAGAGCAGUAGAAGGCGGUCGAAGCCUAAUAUGGUAGUACCCGAACUGGUAGCUACCAGCAACACUUCGGGCACGAGCUCCGGCACGAGCCACCUCGUCUUCAAGAAGCGGGGCGACGAUGGAUCGGCAAAAUUGCCCUCGAGGAGGACCAGUGGCAGCGCAAAACGAAACUCUGGCGAUCACAAGAGCAAGACCAAAGCGGAUUAAAUUUGUUCCAGUCCUCGGGCAAGCAACGCUGCACCCGACAUCAGGACCUCGUCGCACCCUCCACAAGGAAUCCGACCCGGCGAAGCAAAGCCAAACUUUCCGGUACACCUGGAUCGCUGAGCUGCUUCACAAUGAAAAGAGGCAACCGCGGGACGAGGAGAAAUUAGUACGUAGGAAAAGUAAAUAAACAGUACACAAUUAGUUUAGAAGUUUGAGUACGUCGAGCGCUUAGAAGUGCCUCUUUUUUGCGGUAAAAAAGACCAAGAGACGAUUUAUUGAAAGUCAAAUGAACAUAGCAAUGAAUAAGAUACUAGCUCGUCGCGACAAAAGCAAUUCCGAUGUGCUACUUAAGUUGAUCUUAGAUAAACGAAUUCUGAAAAAAAAUCCAGCGGCCACUCCAAACGCAUCGCAACCCCGGUUGCAAAUGCGAUUGUGAUGGUAGAAGAGUCCUGGCUCUGGCUGAAUGACACUUCGUAAAUAAAAAGCGACAAUGCAAAAAUGCAAAACUUGCGUAAAAACUUAAUGAGCCACACAACCUGGUUGCGCUUUCUUAUUUUUUAUUCCUGCAUCUCUAGUGUUUCAUCUUUCACACAACAUCGUCGCACUCUUAAAGUUCCGGUACGCCAAUCCCCAUACUAUGCUAUGCCAAAUCCUAUCUAAUGAAAUAGUUGCUCAUUGUGACAAUUGUUUUGUCUUGCAAUGUACCGAAAACGACCUGUGCCCUCCUCUAUUUCAUUUAAGUAGCUUCAAAAUGUUUUUUCUACCACCACGAACGGUCGUGAAUCCUUUCGCCAGAAAAGAAACCAUCAUAGUUUGAAAAAAUAUAAAAAGAAUGUCAAUCUCAAUGCUCGAAAGUCUUGCUUUUCGAGGAUAUUUCUUCGAUAAUUGGCAGCUCCUGCUCUCUUAAGCUGAGUUAGUGAUGGUCGCCACAUCCUUCUUCACUAUCGAAUGUCUAAGUCUUUUACAACUUUCAAAUAUUUCACUUUAUCCAUGAAAAUGAUAAAGGAGCGAGUCAAAAGAUUGUCUAGCAGCAUGGCGAAUAUGUUUCGCGGCGUAGUUUUCUUUGUUUUCUUUACUUGUGCACUCUUCGUUUAGGUUUUUCCUCCUGAAGAAACGAAAUCACACUUGAAAAACUUUUGUAACGUAGUUUCUACUUAGAACUAGAGCGGUUGCGGUUCCCCGCGGUUCUUUCUUGUCAAAAGGUAGCAGUGUGCCCACUAAACCGUCUUGACAACUGAAGCAUUUGUGCUUCUGCAUUUGUUUCAGCUUUGGUAGUUUUUGAGUUUCAAUGUGUGCGUCCGUGUUGCCAAUUCUUCGCCGACGACUCUGGCUCAUCGUUUUGUCGGACCUCCGGCACUCCAGAAAAGCGAAAAGGAAAAUUAUACCAGAUGUAGUUGUCCAAAAUGUCAUGCAGGACUAGAUCGCUUUCCGAUUCCGAAGCAGCGGCUGCAAAACUUCCAUGAUUAAAAAACACACACAAACAGAUCCCGGAUGAAAAAGAAUAUGGCGAAGCAAGUAUUACAGUGAAAAAUGCCCCCACCCCAGAACUUGGCAGAGUCUGUGUUGCAAACUUUCCCAAUAGAAACAUUCCCCGUCUUGCAUAAUUCAGCAUCACAAAUUUCUAAUGCGGAACAGCUAAAAUUUGUGUUGCGCGAGAGCCCAGCAGCAGCCGGGGCUGUCAUGUACUUAUAUUUAUAAGAUGCCUUACUCGCCUAGGUUCCGCAUCAGAAAGAGUCAUAGUCCUUUCAUGCAAGACAAAAAGUUUUCUUCUGGAAACUUUGCAUCAGAAAUUUUUGCAAAAUCCGGGGUGGGGGCAUUUUUUCUUUUGAUAGCAAGUCCAGGAGGAGGAUCCCGAAUACGAGCGUCAGCGCCGCCUAACAAACGCUUUAGGUAGUUUAACAUAUAAUUCCUGUUGUUUCUUCGUUUUCUUGAAUUGAUGGCCUGUUUUCACUUCCAAUAAACCACCGUGUAGCAGGUUGUCGUGAAGAAGUAAACGUAUGUAGUCGUAGUAAGUACUUAUUUUGAACCUGCGAAGCAGCUGGAUUACGAUUAUGGUAUGAAAUGAUACAAGAACAAGAUUUCUUGUCGCAUCUGGUAUUAAUCUGCACCCCGGUGGUCUAGAGCUAGGCGGUUCUUGGCAACACCGAGACAAAGAACGCUCAAUGAAUGAUAGGAAAUUAGCAAAAAGAUGUCCUCUCAGAGCAACUGCGGAACAGUUCGAGACGAGCCUCGUGUUGGAUUCUGCUGCAGUAGGCGCCUGGCGGCGAAGACCAUGACCUAGUGCGCGCGGCUUCGACAUGCUGGAGAAGCUUGUUUCCGGUUCCCCUGGGGGCUUGCUCGUGAAGCAUAAUCGGAGCUGCCCGGAUAUGAUUGUCGGACAGCAAAGGACAGCAUUGACUUGAUAUUGGUUUUCUUGUGCCAGACGAAAAAUGAACAAUUGUCUACUUUCGAAUUUCUGUAAUUUUUCAAGACCAAGUUUUAUGAAUAUGAAUGUCUUCAAGAACAAGAGUUUCAGAUUCAGAAUGUCCUCUUUUGCGCAUAACGUUGCUUUUGAUCACGAUACUAGUGUCACAAGAUUCAUGAAAAAUGGUAACAGUUGUCUCAAACCGAAAGGUCGUUCGUACCCUCUACAGAACGUGGCGUGUAUCAAUCUUCAUUGAGUUGAUUAAUUUGUGGGUUUGAGAUAUAACCCUGUCACUGUCAGAGAUUAUUUUUGCUCCCUCUCAUGGAUGUAAAUUCUAAUUUUAUCUUGCCAACGGCAGCCCUACAUUGGGUCAUUACAACGACCUUUCACCCCGGCCCUGCAACACGUUCUUUCCUACUUCCAUGGAGUAUGCGAAGAAUUCAUUGCUCUUUUCUACCGCUGCAAGGGAGAGAGAGAGACGAGAAAGCAAGAGGAAUACGAGAGGGAACAUCAGAUCAGAGCGCCACGCGGACGUGACCACUGAACGCAGGGACGACCUUGAGGGUCAGGAGCCUCCCCUUUCUUCGGAGAGGCAUGAGCGAGACCCACUUUUGAGUAGCGCAAAGUGUCAGCGUCACUGGUGUGCCCGAUGAGUGGAGUAAGAGAAGGACCUCAUUCAAAGUUUCCAAAGAGUAUGAGUGGCGAGUUUGCUCUUUUCUCUUGGAGAAAUAACGUCGACGCGAAUAUGUAGGUCAAUGACGCGGGAAAUAUUAAAAUCAGGUAACCCCACGACGCGCAUCCACGGACUUGGGCCGGAUAGUUGGCGCGACCAGGUGCAAUCCCACGCCGUUUUUCCCAAUCACCAUCCUCCCCAAUUGUACCAGGGCUUGUUGCUACCGAAAGACAAAAACGAGGAGACGCUGAAGAGUCUGUACCAAGGGUCGUCGCGGCCGAGGGCCCAGCUGCUUCACCCUCACGCUGGCCACCACCAUCUGUGGCACCAGAUGCAGCAGGCACAUCAAAACCAAGCCCGGGAAAGCAGCGGUGACGAUGAAGACGUGGACGUCGGUAGCUUCGUGGCCCAAAAGUAUGUAACUGGGACCAGCAGUAUCGAAUGCAAAUAUGUCUGGGUCUGGGAGAUUCGAUUGCAACUUGUCAUGCGAAAUUUGAAUCAUGCAAAAAUCCGUGUUGCUUGAGUGCCAAAAGCAGUCCACUUUCGACGAAGCUGGGACGGAGUUUCUCAUGCAGGAGAGGCAUGACGAUGACACAGAGACAGACAUCACAGAGUCUGUCAUGCUUGGUCCCGCAUUCCAGACCUCAUGGAUCAUGGAAGACCUGCAUGACAAGUGUACACACUUCCAGACCCAGACAUUUUUGCAAUCCAUAAGCAGCCGGUUGUACGGAGCUUCGGGCAGCACGAGCAGCAGGAUCGUGGAAAACCCGUCCUGGCAAAGUCGUUUUUCCACUACCUCACAUAUUCGGAAGCCGACGGCGGGCCGGGAUUCGUCGGACUCGGAGGAGGAGCAGAGCGAAACAAAAAUUAUGAACAAGGCUUUGGUAUCCUGUGCGAAAAAUAUUACCACCUCUGAUCUGCCACAUUCUGUGCAUCGUUCGAAAGAAGCUACAAUGUAUGACAGGGCACGUGCUGACUGCCCAGGGCUGUCUGUCACCGCACAGUGACGAGAGCUGACCAGUCUGUGGACGAAGUAGCUUCCUCGGUAAAAUUUGUCUUCUGUGCAGUCGUGAAGUUGCGGUGAUGCGGUCAUACAUCGCUGACUACGUACAUGAUAUUCGUCUUCGCGAGCUUUGUUUUUGCACAACGAAUGCUGCCGCUGGCAGGGUGAGUCGUGUUUCUGCAUUUGAGGAUAGCUUGCUCAAAACCCAGGUGCCCUCCCUUGUCUGAUGCGUCAAACCGCAUAUCAUGACCGGCAGAUGAAGCAGAUGGGUCAGGCUAUGUCAAAGAGGAACGAGAACGCAAUCCACACUAAUAAUGAAGAAGAGGAAGAGGAUAUCACCCGCACAAUCGACCGCAUACGUGAAGUGGCAAGAAAGAACGGGAAGAUCGACCCGACCCACAUGCCGGACCAUCCCAUCAACAUCGCCGAAGGUACGAUGAGCGGUUUCCUCACGAGGACCAGCGAUUCCUCGUCCUCGCCCGGGACGACCACGACCAGGACGGGUGCAACUACGUCCUCGCGGCAGCCGCGUCCACGGGUGCAGCACAAGCUUGAGCCCCUGGAUCCCAUUCAGCAAAACGUGGCCAAGCUUUUGAUGGCAGAGACACAGAAGACGAGCAUGGCCGCAGCAGAGACAGGGUUGCUGACCUCCAGCAGCGUGGACGUGACGAAAAUUAGCAAAAAGAUGGCAGAAGAGGUUCCCCGCGAUGAGCACGUGGUGGACGAGGAGUUGAUGAAAAUGCUGAGCUCCAGCAAAAGGGUACGUUCGCAUCUCAACAUUGACGGAGACAGUGCCGCGGCAAAGAACAUGAUCGACAGCGACGCGGGCGAACGGCAGUACCGCGUAAACAAGGAGAACAACAAUUAUGGCACCGCGGAUGAGAUCAACAUGAACAAGCGGGACGAAACAAGCAAACCGAUAGUACCGAAGUUCGCAACCCGGGCUGCUCAGCUGCAAAACAGUCGCGCUGGUGGUGGCAACCAUUUCAUGCCCACCACGAGAAACGCGAACCCCCUCCAGGCCGCAUGCAGUGCGAUCCAGCUGAAGCCGUCCAAAACGACCGGUACACUCACGUUUUCCCGUCGGGAAGUGGAAGUGCUUAAGCACGAAAGCACCACCAGCGAAGAAGAGGAGGACAUCAUGGAAAACAAAGAAAAGCAUAACAAGGAGACAAAUACUUCUAGUGAGAACAACUACAAGCAGAAGAAUGACACCAGCACGCUGAACAUGAAAAAGUCCUCGCUUGUUGACGAACCGACGAAGAACGAUGAGGUGGAGGAGGUAAAAAUAAAUCAGAGAAAAAAUGUCAUCAAGUGUAGUACAACGGACCGUUCUAUCAAAUGUAAAAAUGUCUGGGUCUGGAAGAUUCUGAGACUUGUCAUGCAUGUUUUGCCUCGGCCAUGAUGUCUGUGAUGCAUGCCCUAGCAUCACAGAUUUUUUGAGGGCUUCGCGAUGCCUCUUCCGCAUGACAAAUGCCCUCUCCGCGUAGCAAGAAUUACACUCCCUUUGCUGCUCAUGCAAUACAGAUUUUUUUGGAAUCCAAAUUCAGCAUCACAAGUUGCAUUCUUCCAGACCCAGACAUUUUUACAUUUGAUACGUUCGGAUGUUGAACAGCGGCAGGCGCGAUCCGCACUGCGGAUGGCGUAUCAACUGCAAAAAUGUCUGGGUCUGGAAGAUUGCAACUUGUCAUGCUGUUUUUGGACUCUAAAAAAAUUUGCAUUGCAUGACCAGCAAGAGGGGCGCGCUUUGUGCUACACGGGCAUGGCAUUUCUGAUGCGGAAGGUGCAUCAGGAAGCCCUCUAAAAGUCUGCGACGCUAGGUCAUGCAUUACAGGCAUCAUGGGUCAUGAGAAAUAUGCAUGACAAAUCUUGCAUUCUUCCAGACCCAGACACUUUUGCAUUUCAUAUGGCGAGUUACAAGCGACUCGGGGUAGUUCCCGCUGUGAACGAUGGUCCCCCAUACGACCUCGAUGAGCAGGCUCUGAAAAGAGAGAACGUGAAAUACGCGCCCACGACCUCCGACCGCGCUUUGUGUCCCUUGAGCCAAGGGAAUUAUCUUUUUGAAAAAGAUAAAGAAGCGAAUGAUGUUGAACAAGACAGCGUAAAUUCCGCCGACGAAAGUGCCGUGAUAGGUGCCAACGAUCGCAAUUGGCGACUUUACAUGGAAGAGGGUUUCAAGAUCCGGCCGAAGGGCUCCUCCUCGUACCGCACUACAGGAGGCGCAGCUGCCCGCAUUACGGGAGGUGCAGCUUCAAAGACGUCCACCUCAUCUGCGGCCGUUUCUAGUAUUCCAUCGACGGCAGGACAUGCACAUCCUGCGGGAACAACGACCACGACGGCCGCAACCAGCAGCAUCAAAACUCUGGGCGGGGGUGUUAAGUCCGUUCAGAGCUGGCGGGGCGAAAUCAAGGCUGUCGCGCAGAGGAGGAGGCAGGCGGCUGCACAGGAGGUGGAACAUCAAGCGCAGGCCGCGCAGGAGACUACGCAGUCGGUAGCGGAAAGCUCCGAGGAGUAUGUGCAACAGCUGAUUACGCGCGUCGUUGCCCAAGCUGCGUCCACCUCCGCCGCGGCGUGCAGUUCCUGCCCCAGUGAUCAUGAUACAGCCGGAAUAGUAGGUGUGGAGCAUGGAGUGGACGCCGCGAUUGUUAGUGGAGGAGCAUCGUCCUGCGACAUAAUUUUCGACGAGGAUCUCAAAUCCCAAUCCGGCGACGAGUCCGACCGUGGUCUGCACAACGGUUCUUGUAACGACAGCGACGCGAGCGGCCACACCAUCGCAGAGGGGGACGAUUUUUCCCCUUCCGGGGGUCCUCGGCUCGGAAGAACUACGUCUGUCGACUGCUUGUCGGAGAAGACACUCCCAGGAAAGAGGAAUUUUUACACAGGACGAGCGCCGGUAGGCGUCGUGAGACCGCCGGUGACCUCCACGGCGCCCAAACUAGUACCCAGUGGAGCAGCUCGUGGGGACACCAGCGGCGAGGAGGAACAAGAUGUCGGUCUUGUUCCUAGCAAGCAGAACGUAACUAUUUCCUCGUCGGAAUCGGAGUCUGAGGACAAUACCUCCCAAUCGGCGCAAUAUCUGCGUUUGCAUCGUGUGCAAAAGAAGCUGAAAAAGAGGAGCAAAGAAGGCGCAGCCGCCAGGGAGCUGUCGAACUACAGCAACGCCGAGUCCGCAUCUGGAUCAUCCGUCGACACCCCACCGGCGGGGGCGUGAAAACAAGAUGCGACGUCGUGCAAGUGGCUCAGCAAAAGUCGUUGCAUCGAGGUCGUCGAUCUUUUGGUUGGCGCGCUCUGCUUUCACGAUUUUUUUUUUUUUACGCAGGUCGCAGAAUGAAAGAACCAUAGAUAACCAACGCAAACAAUGAAAUUCGUAUUCAUGAUGUCCUCCCACCGCGCAGGAAUUCGAGUACGUGGCUGCGCAGGCGCGCGCGCCGAUGAUAUUUGCCGUUGAACAUAAGCGAAAUUUGUCAAAGUCAGAAAGUAUGUUGUAUAUCACAGAGACAUCAACGGUCUAAAUUUUUAUCGCGCACCUUUGAUGAGAUCCAUGCCACUAACUUUUAUUCUUUUGCAAACACUAGAAUUUGGAUUUGCUGUAUUUGGAUUCACUUGUACUUGCUCACGAUGAAACCAUCUGCGUUUCGUAGCGCUUAUGGGUGGAACAUGGGCUUUAUGCUUUUGCAUAUCUUGCUCCUCUGUUUUGCAGGACUGUAGUCGUCUCGGAUCCAUGAAUUCGGCACUACGCAGACGUUCGAUUCAGUACGAGGAAGCAUUUUAAAGUUUUUAUUUGGAAAUUAAGUAUUCAAGUCGCGAUGUUGAAGUUGAAGACUCCUUCUAUGUGUAAGUAUUCGAUUCUAGUUUCCCUCUUUCUUUUUGGUUUUCCGAUGAAAAAUUGCGGGUUUUUGCUAGGGAUGAACCUCGCUACAGAUUUAGAAAUUUAUACGUUUUCAGCAGUUUAUUCCUGACUUCAUAUUUCGUAACUUUUUGCCUUAGUGUUAACAGCAGCUUCGUUUCGGAUUCCGCAACUAUGAUUGUGAGUCUUGCACCGAAAUUUAUCAGUACGAUUUUGAAAACAACGAACUACAACAUCAUGGAUUGUAGCCUUGUUUUAAAUAAUUUUGCGAUUGAGUACGUUUUUAUACUAAUACAGGUCGUCGACGUCGACGAGGUUUCGUUCUAUGCUUCUGUCAAAACAGAUUGAUAUAUUCAAGUCUUCGAUAAAAUUGUCAAGUUUUCAGCGUGUAUCGGCAGACACAAACACUAACACAAAGACCCCAGAACAUAUCACUUCGAAUUUCUUACAACGUUGUAAUUUGGAAAAGUUGAAAUCAACAUAAUCAAGGUCAACCACCCAGCACAGGAGAGUCAACUUUUGUUGCCCAAUUUGACCGGGACUGGCGACGUGACCGGGAAAGAUGUAUUGCUUUUCUCGAUCAUGGCACGACAUGAAAUAUCCGGGGGCUGCUAUGUAGAUGAGAAUGACUCAUAAAAACGAAAAGGAGCAGGACGCUUCCUAAUCGGUCCAAGCGCACUUAUCUAUAGGACUUCUCGGUUUUUUUUUCUACUGGUCCAAAUCGUGAUCGGUCGUGGAACGUCUGUAUUCGUUCAACAAAACUCAAACUGUAUUGGUUCGGUAUCGUUCGGCUUGAUACUGCCCUGCGACUUCCAGUUUCAGGCUAACCCGGAAAUCCACGAGAGGUCCACACACUAUACACAACCAAAGCCAAGGCAUCAAUCUUUUAUGACAUGCUUUUUUCGUUUUCUUUACAUUGCUUCAGCCUAAUUUCACAGAACUCGUUUCUAUGAAAGCUUCAGUUCGCAGUUUGUCAGUACAAGUGCUUACUCCUGUCCUCUAAUAAUCUAUCAUUUGAUUUUUUUCUGUAAUAUGCAAGAACGAAUACUACAAUGGAAGCAACUCGCAAAGACGAUGCACACGCACACGCAGCAAAGGUGACAGCUGGACACUUCGCGUUACACUAAUUCGCGGUCCUGGCACGUGCAUCGAUAUUUUUUCACAUACAAUUUUUC